CCCAACUUCAUCUGUUCUACUAAGCACUUGGGAAUAGUGCCAAAACUAGAAAGAAGUAUAAGAAGCACGGUUCCAGGACGUCCUUUUCUCGAAAGUUCAUCGUGAGUCAAGAGUGGAUAUACUUCAAGAUACAAACAACUUUCAUACGAAAUGGCCAAUAACCAAAGCCUCAGUUACGGCGUCGGCAAGAUCGACGCGGAAGGGGCCUUCACUGCCGAAAUCAAGAUUGCUCCCCGUGUCGGACUUGAAGACAUAUGGCAGGGUCAAUAUGGCGGCGCUCAAGUGAUGGGAAAGCGCCCAGGCAUGUACAUCAAGUACCUCCCUACGAAGUAUCAUCCUGUCAACGGUGAUAUGCUGACUGGAGGCUGCUAUCUCUUCGACACGCUCGAAAAUGCAAAAGGCUUCGAGGAUUGGACCACAAACGACUUCGAAGUGGGAGAGCCAAAGACGACCUAUUGGAAACAGCCUUUGUUCAAACAUGUCGACUCUUUUGUUUGGAACGUCAUUGGGGCGCACAACUUCACUCCAGUUGAAGAGCAUGGCAUCGGGCGUUUCCAGCGCUGGACUUACCACCAUGUUGGUGUUGAAGCCAUCUUGAAGCAGCUGUAUCCUGUCCUCAAAGAUGCAGCCGAGAGAAGAGGAGCAGGCUCAUUUUGGCUCUUGCACCGGCCAGAGGAUAAAAUGAUUGGUGUUCACAUGUCGUUCCCUAAGCCAGAAGAUGGCGACCACGAGGCAAUGCUUGAAGAGGUCGAGGAUAUUGCGCGCGAAGGAUCUGUUGCGGAUGUCUUACCUGAUGCGCUAGAGGUAGAAACGCUACUGGAUAGAACGAGCAUCUACUACGCUGUUUGGCAGCCUUUGGCGCAGGGAGAUGGCGUCAAGGUUACGAGCCCAAACUUUCCGGAUAUUGCAAAGGCCUCGAAUGGAGCAGCUUAAAUGUUUCAAAUAGGAAGUUCAGGAAAUUGAUGAAUGCUGUCUACUGAUUUCAUACCGAUGUUCAAAAGUGGAC